UCGCUGAAUCCAAAGGAGACAACAGCCACCAGUUAAAGAGAGAGAAACAUUUUCUUUUUUUUUUAAUCAUGGAAGAGAAACAAACCAUCAACUUCGGCGCUGGGCCCGCAAAACUCCCCGAAUCCGUGCUGCGUCAAGCACAGAAGGAGCUCCUGAACUACAGCAGCCUCGGUAUCAGUGUUCUUGAGAUGAGCCAUCGAUCGCCAGACUUCAACAAAAUCCUGAACAAAACCGAGACUCUCAUGCGAGAGUUGUUAAAUAUCCCGGACAACUACAAGGUGAUGUUCCUGCAGGGCGGCGGGUCUGGACAGUUCAGCGCUGUUCCUCUCAACCUGAUCGGCCUGAAGGAGGACAAGUGCGCUGAUUACAUCGUGACUGGCACGUGGUCGUCUAAAGCUGCAAAAGAAGCGGAAAAAUACGGCAAAGUCAACGUUGUUCACCCGAAGUUGGAUGGUUACACAAAAAUCCCCGACCCUAGCAGCUGGACCCUGAACCCCUCAGCCUCCUACGUGUACUACUGCUGUAAUGAGACGGUCCACGGCGUGGAAUACAACUUCACACCGGAAACAAACGGGGUGGUCCUCGUAAGCGACAUGUCCUCCAACUUCCUGUCCCGACCUGUGGAUGUGUCCAAGUUUGGGCUGAUUUUUGCCGGUGCUCAGAAGAACGUGGGUUGCGCCGGGGUCACUGUGGUCAUUGUGCGAGAGGACUUGUUAGGUCACGCACUGAAAGAGUGUCCCAUCGUCCUGGACUACAAGGUGCAGGCUGAAAUGAACUCCCUGUACAACACACCACCUUGUUUCAGUAUCUACAUUAUGGGUCUGGUCCUGGAGUGGAUCAAGAACAACGGUGGCAGCGCCGCCAUGGAAACACUCAACAAGCAGAAGUCCUCCUUGAUUUACGACAUCAUCAACGGGUCUAAUGGUUUCUAUGUGUGUCCAGUAGAUCCGGCUUGUCGAAGCCGCAUGAAUGUACCAUUUCGCGUGGGGAAGAAGGAGGGAGAUGAGGCCCUGGAGAAGAAGUUUCUGGAAGGGGCAUCAAAACGUGGAAUGAUAUCACUGAAAGGACACAGGUCAGUUGGAGGAAUUCGUGCAUCUCUGUACAACGCUGUAACACUGGAGGACACUGAAGCUCUGGCUGCGUACAUGAAAGAGUUCCUUAAAGAACAUCAAUAGAAGAGGUCACGCUAACAGUCAGCCAGCCUUCACACAGUGGCAUUUCCUUUACAGUUUCAAUCUGUUUACUUCUAGUUUCGGAUCCAUGUUGGAUCUGGAAAGUGCACCUUUAGACAAGUGUUUUGUAAUACCCUUUCAUUGUUCCUAAUAAGCUUUAACCACUACCACUUUUUUCAGUAAUUUCUUAGUUACAUCUGUGUUUCAAAGAAGUAAUAUCUUUAUGAACUUGUUGACUAACAGUGCUGUGAUGUAAAUACUGUAGGUAAUUCCUGU